GGGAACUAGAGAGGAGGAGGAGGUUAGCCUAGGCAGCUACAGCGGCGGCGGCGCAGGGGCUGGUACGCGCUGGGCGGCGAGAGCCUCAUGGCGGAGGAAGAGAGCGAUCAAGAGGCCGAACGCCUCGGAGAAGAGCUUGUGGCCAUUGUGGAGUCCCCGCUGGGCCCUGUGGGGCUUAGAGCUGCGGGCGACGGCAGAGGCGGCGCUGGCAGCGGCAACUGCGGCGGCGGCGUCGGGAUCAGCAGUCGGGAUUACUGCCGACGCUUCUGUCAGGUGGUUGAAGAUUAUGCUGGAAGAUGGCAGGUCCCUUUGCCACAGCUUCAGGUUCUUCAGACUGCACUUUGUUGUUUUACAACAGCCAGUGCAUCAUUCCCAGAUGAAUGUGAGCACGUACAAUAUGUUUUGAGUAGCCUUGCUGUGUAAGUACUUUUUACUUCUUAUAAAUGCAUUAUUUUUCUUGAUGUGUUUGAGAAUUUGUUUUUGAUAAUUUCUUCUGAAGAAGAAAUCUUUCCUAAAUUAUUCCCGCAAAAAGUAAUGUUUAUUUUUUCACUUAAGUAUCCAGGUUUAAUUUUGAACAUGUAACCAUAAUUUUACUUUUAAGUUUUAAUAGUUAAAUGGAAUUUUGAUACAUAGAUUCCUCUGGUUGCUACAAGCACUUUACUUUUCUUUUUAAUUCUCCAUAUUGCCUUGGGAAGCUCUAAUGGUUAAGUCCCAGAAUACAGCAGUUUAGGCUAUGAUAGUUAGCAGAGAGAGCUUACAUCAGGCCAGAAGGAGGUUAGGAAAAUCCUGUUUGUUUGUUUUUUUGUUGUUCUUUUUUUUUUUUUUUUUUGAGACGGAGUCUCGCUCUGUCACCCAGGCUGGAGUGCAGUGGCGC